GUGGCGGCGGCGUCCUGCGCUCGCGGCGUCCCUGUCGCGCGGGGCUCCGGCCGCGCCCGGUGUCGCGGCGCGCGCGGCGGGGAUGGAGCUGCCGCGGAGCUGAGGCGGCUGCUUCGCCUCGACGCCCGCCAUGUCCUGCACCAUCGAGAAGAUCCUCACGGACGCGAAGACACUGCUGGAGCGGCUGAAGGAGCACGAUACCGCGGCCGAGUCGCUCAUCGACCAGUCCGCUGUCCUGCACCAGCGCGUGGCCGCCAUGCGGGAGGCGGGCGCGGCCUGGGCCGAGAAGGUGGGAGCGGGCGCGGGUCGCGGGCGAGAAUGCGGGCGGGCCGUGGGGCGCGGACCGACCCCUGUGUUUCCGCAGGGCCAGGCCGCCGCGGCGGAGCGGGCCGACCCGUCCCGGUUGCGGCCGCACGUUCUCCUGUCCCAGGAGAACACGCAGAUCCGCAACCUGCAGCAGGAAAACCGGGAGCUGUGGAUCUCUCUGGAGGAGCACCAAGAUGCAUUAGAGCUUAUCAUGAGCAAAUACAGAAAGCAGAUGUUACAGCUUCUGCAAGAGAGAAAAGGUGAAGAUGCAGAACCAGUCUUGAAAGUUCAUCAGGCUAAUUCCUUGGAAAUUGAGAGUCAAAUAGACAGAAUAUGUGACAUGGGAGAGGUGAUGAGAAAAGCUAUUCAAGUCGAUGACAAUCAAUUCUUUGAAGUUCAGGAGAAACUAGCUCAGCUGGAGCUUGAAAACAAAGAGCUGCGUGAACUAUUGUCAAUCAGCAAAGAAUCUUUUGAUGUGGGGAGAGAAGAUCUGCCUGACUGUGAAGCUUGGGUCACAAAAUAACUGUAUCUCCAAAUUUUUACUUCAGAGAUAAUUGUGAAACUACCCAACAAGGAUGGGGUUUGAUUUGUUCUUUCAGGUGUUUCCUUGUAUGUUUGUCUUUCAAAAUGUGUGGGCUGUUUUCUCUGCAUUUUUCUGAAAUUACACACUUUUGAUGGCAAAGGCUUAACCUUGCUGCUCUGUCUUAGUAAUUGCAGCACACAGAUGCUUAACAGUGAAGUAUUUAUGAUGUGUACUCUCUUGUGAUAGUUUAUUUCCUCUCCCAAUUGUUAUUUUUAUGAUCUCUAGUUAUUCCAACUGUGCAUCUGGCACUUAAAUCCACCUUGUCAGUAGCUUGAGAACAAAAUACAGCCUGUGAUUAUUUUAUUUGAUAGAAGGAAUAAGAGAUUAUUCAAAAACUACAUUGUAAGUGGUAGGUGCACAUUUUGCUCUGCCUGCACAAAGCAGGCACACAGAGCUUUUGUUUUGCUCUGAGGAGCUGACACUCCGUAUUUGGCUGGGUUAAAGCUGCUGUUCUGACACCUGCUUAGAAGGAAAGCACGAGAACAGCAGAAAGCAAAUAGAACACUUGAUGUAGUAACUUGAUGUUGAAGGAUGUUGUGUAUCUGACCAAUUUUUUUUAUGGGUAGACCCAUUCUGUCUUUAUCAGUGCUCCAAAGUAUGUGGAGCUCCAAAGUACGAGAUCAGAGCUCUGUGGCCUCCCACCACUCUGGAGUUCAGGAAGAGUGAGCUGAGACCUGCCUCAAAACUAAACAAAAAACAAUCAUGCAGACAUGUUUUUAAUGUUGCAUCACAGGUAAGUCUAGUGAAAGAUGUCAGUAGUUACUGCAGAAGCCUAUAUUGAGGAAAAUUAGAAUUGCAGUGUUGUAGAACUUUAUCAAUACUGUUAUAAUUUUAAUGGCAUUUUAAAAUAAAUAUUGGUCUUUCUUACCUGUGAUCAAAGAAUAAUUCCCUAUGAACAGUAAACAUCUUAGUUCCAUUAUUAGUUUAGAAUUUUAUGCCACUUUUUUCCCAAGAGAGAAUUUUGAUAAAUGUAGAAGGUGAUUUAUGUUCCUGUGCUUAUUCAAGAGACAUUUUCUUGCAGCCACUUGGAAUAUCCAGCUAGAUUGUUUGGGAGAUAUAAGGGAUUUCUGUACAGAAGUGUUCUUGUAUACAAUUAUUUUCUAUUUGAAAUUGUUUAAGCGGGAAUAAAAAAAAACCAGCAGUA